AUUGAAAAGACGCACCUGUGGCUCCGUUACUCCAUUCAUUCCUCUGGUUUACGGAUAGCGGCAGCGGGACGAUGGCAACGGCCGCGCAGUCGAUGGGGAGUCUGCCCAGCGGGCUACGGAUCUGUACAACCGCACCGGACAUGCUUUACCUUCCCGAACUGGUGUUUGGAGGGUUAGUAUGGAUCCUAGUGGCUUCAACGCUAGUGCAACCUGAGAACCCUCAGGGAUGGGUUAUGUUUGUAUCCGUCUUUUGCUUUGUGAUGACCCUCCUCUGGCUCAUUAUCUUCGCCUGUGGAGGACACAAGAACCGCAGCUCCUGGGCUACAGCGGACUUUAUUUAUCACCUGAUUGCUGCCAUGUUCUACCUGAGUGCCUCAGUAUCCCUGGCCGGGGUUACCAUCAGCUUGAAAGAUUAUGCAGCACUGCCCAUAAAUCUCUACAAAAAGUACUACCAAAUCGACAUUGCAGCAGUGGCUACCAGCGGUCAUCAUUUAGCGGACCACGGUCUGUGGCCGCACCCCGGACUGGUUCCAUCCGUACCGCAAGACAACAUUACAACGGGUGCCCUAUCUCACCAUUUCUACACUUUAGGUGUUCUCCUAUAUUGCCACAUUGCUCUACUUCAUCCAUUGCAUCCUUUCUGCUGUUCGGUGGAAAUCCUUCUGAGGGGUCAAAACAAUAAAUUGGAGAAAAGGAAAACAAAUUAAUAGCCACAAUGGUGGAAAAACAUUGGAAAAGCACAGGGCAGAGAAAGGCAAAUUUCAGGGGUCAGUCCUUAUUGAGAGCACUUGACUCAAAUGCACCGGCCACAGCUGUGACUAAAACACCAUCAAUUAACUUAAAUUAUGAUGGAAUUAACCCUCACCCUUUUCAUACUAGAUUAGAUUUCAGCCUUUUUUAGUUUUCUUGAUGCUUUGAACAUUUGGGGGAAGGGACAUAUUUUAAUUAGUUGGCCCAGAGGUUACUGAAAGUGUUGAUGAAGAAACAGUAUGUGGGUUUUGUAUAUUCAAAUUGAACUUUGUAACUGAUGAAUCAAUUUUUGUAUAUUUAGCUACUACACACUAAUACUACACGGCAACAACAUAAUAUUGUAAUAAUAAUUAUAAUAAAAAAUAAGAAAACGGGACUGAAUGCUCUGUGUAUA